AAGUCGACUGGCAACAGCAGCGGCCGAUCACGUAUGUGACAUGGCGUCCGGGUAGAAGAAAGUUGACUGUUAAAUAAACGUUAAUGUUGUUUUUAUGACAUUAACCGUACGAAAAGGCAACCUCCGAGGCCGCGAAUUUCCCACAGACACUUGCAUUGAUGGUAAUGCAUGCAAGGAAACCACAAAGGAUUAGCGAUGGGUACUUUGAAAAGCACCAGGCCCAUCCCUAUCAGAACGCUAAGUAUAGCAGUUCGAAGGGUGGCUAUUCAUCGUCGACAACGUCAUCGGACAGUCGAUACGAGGGGCGAAUGCGCGAUUCCCCAAAUGGAAACUCGUACAGUCCGGCAGGAGGCAUGGGGAUGGGGAUGGGAGCGGACCGCGACAGCCCUCGUAGCUACCCAGCGAAACCUCUUUACAAAAAGGAGAGAGAAAACAGAGACUACAAGCUAUCCUCUAGGGACAAGUAUUCGGAUUGUGCACGAUCCCCGAAAGACAAGAGAAGCCGUGAAAGUAGAGACUCUGAGCACAGGACCAACCAUGAUAGGAGCGGCGCGGAGAUUUUACAUCCCUUAAAAAUAUCGUCAAAUUCAUCACGGGAUUCAGCAUCCCAACGAAAACCAGCACAUAAUUCCUGUCAGGACAAACGGGGUGAUGAGCGAGGUGGUGGCGCCAUGGAGAGAACGGCUCGAUUUGGGGAUUGGUCGGAGCACAUGAGCUCAUCUGGGAAAAAGUAUUACUACAAUUGCAAGACGGAAAUCUCGCAAUGGGAGAAACCCAGAGAAUGGAUUGUCCGGACAGACAGUCGGCAGCGUCAAUCUAACGAUUACUCAUCUAGGUCAAGUCAUGAUAAACAUUCCAACUCAAGAUCAAAUAGUAGCAGUAGCAACGUCCGGGACGGCAAGUCAUCGCGGCAGUCUGAUAAACGGGAGUAUUGGAGCUCGUGUGGCGGAAGUAGCGGUGGUAGUAGCAGGGAGGAUAUUUCAAUUAGAGAACGAGAACGUGACAAAGAACGAGAAAGGGAACGUGAAAGGGAAAGAGAAUCCUGCAGGGAGGAGGUGGGAGUGGAACGUCAGGCACAAGAUAUGGACAUCUCGCCGGGCGACUCCACACCCACCUCGGAACCCCUAACUUCUAGUACUCACGAUACACUGCCACAAGGGCCUGUACUCCUUGCAACUGCGUUACCUCGUCUGACUUCGCACCCACCGUCUACACCACAAACACCCGGAAAGCUUAGUUCACCGACUCAGCAACAGGGAAACAGUAAUGCUCCGGGACCACCUGUUUCCCUCGUUAACUUACCAAGGCUUUUGUCACAAAUCACUGGAAAUAAAGAACAGCCCGACAUUACACCGCAAAAAGCACUCCAAACCAUACAAACAGCCAUCAUGCUCUCUCGCCAACAGUCAGGUAGCAGCGAUAGAGGUAACGGCGGCAAUGAUGUGAUGGCUCCGUUGAAAGUCGACACUACAGGAAACGUAGCAAGUGAGGGACCACCCACUCCGACGCAUUCGGAAACCCAGGACUGUAUCGAUGCUCGAAAGUUGACAAGUCCUGGUGGGACAAAUCCUGGAGUACAAGGUGUCAGCUCUCUGCAAGGAUUGGGGACACUGGCAUCGUUAGGUAGUCUAGGAAACGGGGGAGGAUUGCAAGCCCUAUCCAGGGUGCAGCCUCCGCUCACCCCUUCCCUCACACCCUCGCUAGCCAAUCAUUACCGAGAGGAUUUAACACAGCACGUGCGUGCUUUUCCUGCUGACAACCUUGAGAAACAGGCACAAAAACUCAGCGAGGAAGCACACACAAUGGGUAGCCUGCAGUGUACACGAGUCUCAGCUGAGCUCAAAACAGCCCGGUCAAUAGUGAGGCUAACGGAAAUCCAGGCGACAUUACAGGAACAAAGGAUAUUAUUCCUCCGUCAACAAAUUCAGACACUGGAAGAGUUAAAAUCCCAAAAUUCCUUUAUGUCCGACGAUUCUUAGUGUAAUGGACUUUAUAAUAUAAUAUAAUAUAAUAAUAAUAAUAAUAAUAAUAAUAAUUACACCCUAUAAUUAAUUGAAGCGAGAAAAAAAUAAAUAAAUACAAAUAAUAAAAAUAAAACAUAAUUAUUAAUAUUCUCAUUAAUAUUGAAUAAUUAAGAUUGUACCUAAAUUAUAAUAAUAUCAUAAUAGAAGUGAUAUGAAUAUAGUAAUUGAUAUGACAGUCGGGCUGCUCAGAGAGGAUGAGCCGCUCAGCGAGUCGCGCCGUUUGAUGAGUCUUAUUAUUAUUAUUAUUAUUAUUAUUAUUAUUAUUAUUAUGAUCAUCGUCAUCAUUACUAUUAUUAAUUAUUAAAAAAAAAUAUGAAUUCAAUCCUCUCUGAGAAGCACGCAAGGCCUACCCAACCACAAGAAAAAAAUAAUAAUAAUAAGAUACUAUUGAUCCGCCACACUGAAGUUAGUGAAAUGAGUUAACACUCUUCUAUUUCGGUCCAAUUCAAGAAAAAUGUACUAAUGCGUGCAUUACGAUGACUUCGAUACACACAGUAUGCGUACACACACGCGCGCACACACACACACGCUGUCUUGUAUUUAUCUUUGUUGUACGUGUCAAUGUUUCAUAUCCCGUGAAGAAUGAGCGGCAUUUUAACUAGUUGGAAAAAACUAUAUAAAAAAAAAAGGGGGGGAGGGGUAAAAAAAAAAAGAGAAUAGGAAAAGUUUGGUUGUAAAUCUCGGAAUAAAAUUCGUGCCACAAUUUUUAAUCCAAUUCUUUAUACCACCAUUUUCUUAUAUUGACGAUCUACUCUGUCUGUUUCUAGUUACAAUUGUAUCAGUUUAUUAUUAUUAUUAUUAUUGUUAUUAUUAUCAUAAUAAUUAUUAUUAUCAUCGUCGUCAUUAAGGCACGCUAGCAUCUUUAGCUCUUUUGUUGUAAGAGAUGUACUUUUGGUCGGUGUGAUUGUAAUCGUUCUGCCUUCGUACCUAUGCAGCAGCGAAGUUUUCUAAGAAAUGAAUAGCAAACGA